CAAAACUCUCGAUAACCUUCCACCCAUUCUCGAAGAAGCCGUCUCCAAGCAUGGGACGUGAAGAUCGAGGAAGCGAACGGGUGGUUCGACGCGAACGAAGUGAUCGCGAUCGGGAAGGAAAGGACCUGCUGGAAGGAAAGCAAAUUGAGUUUUCCACGACCGACGGGUUGGAUGUGGUUCCGACAUUUGAGGCCAUGGGGCUGAAGGAAGAUUUGCUGCGCGGGAUCUACGCAUACGGGUUCGAAAAGCCCUCUGCCAUUCAACAGCGCGCCAUCCGUCCGGCAAUUCAAGGGCGGGAUCUCAUUGCGCAAUCACAGUCUGGUACGGGUAAAACGGCCGUGUUUUCGAUCUCGAUUCUCCAAACAUUGGACUGCGCCAGCAACGAAACGCAAGCCCUCGCCCUCAGCCCCACCCGCGAAUUGGCCGAACAGACCCAGAAAGUGCUGCUGGCAUUAGGCGACUACAUGAACGUGCAAUGCCAUGCUUGCAUUGGUGGCAAGUCUAUCGGUGAAGACAUUCGUCGCCUUGAUUUCGGCGUUCAGGUGGUCAGUGGUACGCCUGGUCGCGUAUUCGACAUGAUCCGUCGACGGAAUUUGCGCACGAGGAACAUCAAGAUGCUCGUCAUUGAUGAAGCCGAUGAAAUGUUGAGCAAGGGGUUCAAGGAACAGAUCUACGACAUCUACAGAUAUUUGCCUCCGUCCACGCAAGUACUGCUCAUCAGUGCCACCCUUCCCGCCGAGGUGUUGGAAAUGACCAAGAAGUUUAUGAACGAGCCGGUCAAAGUGCUGGUGAAGCGCGAUGAACUGACGUUGGAAGGCAUCAAGCAGUUCUUUGUCGCCGUCGAGAAGGAAGAGUGGAAGUUCGACACGCUGUGCGACUUGUACGACACGCUGACGAUCACGCAAGCCGUGAUUUUCUGCAACACCAAGCGAAAAGUGGACUGGUUGACCGGCAAGAUGCGGGAAGCCAACUUCACCGUCGCGUCCAUGCAUGGAGACAUGCCCCAGAACGAACGCGAUGCGAUCAUGCAAGAGUUCCGGUCGGGCGGGUCUCGCGUAUUGAUCACGACAGACAUUUGGGGCCGCGGGUUGGAUGUGCAGCAAGUGUCGCUCGUGAUUUGCUACGACUUGCCCAGCAACCGCGAACUGUACAUCCAUCGAAUUGGUCGGUCGGGGCGAUUUGGCCGCAAGGGGGUGGCCAUCAACUUUGUAAAAGACGACGACAUUCGCAUCCUUCGAGACAUUGAGCAAUUCUACAGCACCCAAAUCGACGAAAUGCCCAUGAACGUAGCCGAUCUCAUCUAAGCCCCCCUAUUUCCUUGUUGGAACAAACACGGAAUGACAAACAUAUAUUUUUUUUUAUAUAUAUCAUUGGUUGGUAUCA